GGCAGCGCGGCGCGGUGCACUCUGGGACGCGGCACUGGCGGGAGGCGCAGGCCGGUGGCCGAGGCUACGACGCGGGCAGCGACAGGAUGGUGAAACUGACGGCGGAGCUGAUCGAGCAGGCGGCGCAGUACACCAAUGCUGUGAGGGACCGUGAGCUGGACCUCCGCGGAUAUAAAAUUCCGGUCAUUGAAAAUCUAGGUGCAACCUUAGACCAAUUUGACGCUAUUGAUUUUUCUGACAAUGAGAUCAGGAAACUGGAUGGUUUCCCUUUGUUGAGAAGACUGAAAACAUUAUUGGUGAACAAUAACAGAAUAUGCCGUAUAGGUGAAGGGCUGGACCAGGCCCUUCCCUGUCUGACAGAGCUCAUCCUCACCAACAACAGUCUAGUGGAGCUGGGUGAUCUGGACCCAUUGGCAUCUCUCAAAUCACUGACAUAUCUAAGUAUCCUAAGAAAUCCUGUGACAAAUAAGAAGCAUUACCGCCUGUAUGUGAUUUACAAAGUUCCACAAGUCAGAGUGCUAGACUUUCAGAAAGUGAAAUUAAAAGAGCGUCAGGAAGCAGAGAAAAUGUUCAAGGGCAAACGGGGUGCACAGCUUGCAAAGGAUAUUGCCAGGAGAAGCAAAACUUUUAAUCCAGGUGCUGGUUUGCCAACUGACAAAAAGAAAGGUGGACCAUCUGCAGGGGAUGUGGAAGCAAUCAAGAAUGCCAUAGCGAACGCAUCGACGCUGGCUGAAGUGGAGCGGCUGAAGGGCCUGCUGCAGUCUGGUCAGAUACCUGGCAGAGAGCGCAGAUCAGGGCCAAGUGAUGAUGGUGAAGAAGAGCUGGAAGAAGACACAGUCACAAAUGGGUCCUGAACUCUGUGGCAGAUGGUCUGAUAAGCUUUCUCGGGACAAGUCUUGUUUUUUGAGCACGGAGAAUAGCCUUGCUUGUAUAAG